AUGGAGGUGAGCAGACCAGAACAAACCCUGGCCACUUUGCUAGAGAAGGCCUUCAAGGUCAAAGAGGAUGUGGUCAAAAGCCUGCAUGCCACCCAGGGAUCUGUUUUGAUGGAGGCAUCUGCAAGGAAACUUCUCGAAAACCACAUACACAUCAUCACAAAUAUUGUCAAACAGCUCAGCAAGGACAUUCAGGUGCUGGAGGCUCAGAUUGUUCAGAGGGACAGUAUAGCAUCAGGGACAACUUUUGCGGUUCAAAGCCUGGAUCACAAGAACUUGGCUGUGGUUGGAGAUCUUCGGGGUAGAGUUGCCAGGUGUGAUGCCACCAUAGCCAAGCUGUCUGCAGAUGCCAGGGCUGGAGGACAGGAAAUCCUGAAGCUCCAGAAGGAAGUCACUGAGAUGCAUUCUGCAAUUGAGCUCAGGCUCAGAGACCUGGAGCUCAAGAUUUCAGAGUCUUUAGAAAGGUUGGAGACAUCACAGACAGAGCAGAUUGCAUCCCAGAAGAAUACUACAGGAGGCAUACAGAGAGACAUCCAACAGCUUGAAAUACGGACAUCUAGUAGACUGAGGGAGCUGGAGAAGGAAGCAAACAAGAUCAGGAGAUGGACGGAAGAGCAGCUGAGCAACACGCUUCAAAUGCAAAUGCAAAACAGCCAACAGUUACACACACUGCUGCAGGACAGAAUGGUAAAUUUGGAGGAGAAGCUGAAAGCACAAAUAGAUCUCAUUUCUGCUCACCUGGACCAUGUGGAGACGCAGUUGGAUAAGGAGCGUUCCACAGAUCGAGCAAAACAAACAGAGAGCAAAAUUAAUACCAGAAUUCAAGCUAUGAAGAACAGCUUCCAAGCUGAACUGGAGCAGAUGAGGAGGGAGUAUCAGUCAGGUUUCCAAUCAGUCCACGAUGCCAUCGCUUCCCUGAAACACAUUGGUGACACCAAGGCCAAACUAGACAAAGGAGAACUGAAGAAAGACAUCAGGCAUAUUCGGAGGAUGAUGGAGGGACAGCCAGACGCCUGAGCUGUACAGAGAACGGGAGACGCUGAAGAGGAACACGGGCAGGAUCAGAAUGUUUUUAAACCAACAUGGCCAACACUCUUGAUGACUUUUUAAUGAAUCCUGAUUAGUUUGAUAAUAACAUGCUACUAGUCUGAGUGUAAUCAAUUAAUCAUGAAGCUGAUGUAAAUGGUGUACAAGAUGAAUCAUAAAGCAGUUCAGUAAGGAAUAAAAUAAAAAAUCACAA